UAGACAGGCAGUCUGUGAAUGAUUUAUAGAGGAGGUAGAAGGAUUCAUAAGAGUGAGGGCAGUCUGUGACACAGGACUGACUGCACCAUGAGUAUCUCUGCUCUGAGCCCCACCAGAUUUGCAGGCAGCAUCUCUGGCUUCCUGCAAGCGGCCUCCGUGCUCGGCUUGCUUCUGCUGCUGCUCAAAGUGGCCCAUUUCUACCUGCGCAGGCAAUGGCUACUCAAGGCUUUCCAGCAGUUCCCAUCCCCACCCUUUCACUGGUUCUUUGGACACAAGCUGUUCGAUGGUGAUCAGGAGCUACAGAUGAUUAUGAAAACUGUGGAGAACUUCCCAAGCGCCUUUCCUCGCUGGUUCUUGGGGAGCCGUGCUUAUCUUAAAGUCUAUGACCCUGACUACAUGAAGAUGAUUAUGGGCCGGUCAGGCAAAACCUCAGAAUGUGGCCAGAAGCACUCAGAACUUAAAUUUCAAGCCUUUAGCCAAAAGUCUUUAUCUUUCUUUGCUGUUUAA